AGUCAAGUGCCACAACAUUUAGGCUUUUAUGCUUUGAGUUCAGAAAAAACGAUCGGAAUCAAUCUAAAACACAUAAGACCAUCAUAUAAAUGUUCACAUUUCUACCUUGUGUCUCGGAUGAACCACCCUGGCGCGGAUUAGGUUAUCCGGCCGUGAAUCCACCCCCGAUCCGUGCCGAGGAUUAGAUAUCGCCGCAGACUUUACCACCACCGCACGGCAGAGAGAGGAAAGUGGGACUUUAUUGUUAAAGGCUAGCCAGCUAGCUUCUCAGAGCGACUUGUUUGUGUGGGUAUACCGCGGACCGCAGGCUAUAUGGCAACGAAUUACGAGCCUAUAUAUGGACUUUCAGAGGACGAGCAUGACACGCGAGUGCUACGAGUUAAAGUUAUUGCAGGAAUUGAUCUGGCGAAGAAAGACAUCAUCGGUGCCAGUGAUCCUUAUGUCAAACUUUCUCUCUAUGUUGCUGAUGAAAACAAAGAGCUUGGUUUAGUCCAGACAAAAACUAUUAAAAAGACCCUCAAUCCUAAAUGGAACGAAGAAUUCUAUUUCCGGGUGUGCCCACAGAACCACAGGCUACUUUUUGAGGUGUUUGAUGAAAACCGAUUGGCUACUUCCAGGAAUGGCCUUUUUCACCUUGGACAGACAAGAGAUGAUUUCCUUGGACAAGUCGACGUUCCCCUCAGUCAUCUGCCGACAGAGGAUCCUGCUAUGGAGCGCCCAUACACGUUUAAAGACUUCCUGCUUCGACCAAGAAGUCACAAGUCCAGGGUGAAGGGUUACUUGCGUCUGAAGAUGGCCUAUUUGCCCAAACAAGGAGGACAAGAGGAGGAGGCUGGAGAGAUGAGGGAAGAGGCUGAGGGUUGGGAUGAGUCCGCAGAUUCGGGCUCCCAGCGACCCCAGCAGCUGUUGCCUCCUUUGCCUUCAGGCUGGGAAGAAAAGGUGGACAACCUGGGACGCACCUACUACGUGAACCACAACAACCGCACCACCCAGUGGAAGCGGCCUUCAAACAUGGAUGUUAUCUCAGAAAUCGAGAGCGACAAUCAGCAGCGGCAAAUAAAUCAGGAGGCACAUCGUGUUUUCCGUGCGCGGCGCCACAUCAGCGAAGACCUAGAGAACGAGCGCAUGGACUCCAGGGACAUGGACAAUUCCUGGGAGCUCAUCACCGAAGAGGAUCCCAACGAUAGCUUGGCCCAGUCUCUGCCCGCUCCCUCCUCUGUUUUGACCCCGCAGCACUCGCCAACGCCUGCUGCUCAGGAGUUCUCUGAAGACCUAAAUCUGAGGCUGUCAAUCACCCCUGAAACGAACGGUGAACUGCCAGGGCCCAGCUCCUCUCUGAGCCAGCUGUCAAACAGACUCCGGUCUUCAAGUAUGACAGAUGGUGUCAGUGAUCAGGCCCAGGCACCUCCUCUAACGCAGGGUCCCCAGACCAGAAGAACAAGAGCUCAAACUGUGUCAGGUGGUGAGGAGCCCAUGUCCCCCUCGGCAGCUUCCUACACCUUGACCACCCCCGGCCUGCCCCCCGGAUGGGAGGAGAGGAAGGACGCCAAGGGAAGAACUUAUUACGUCAAUCAUAACAACCGCACCACUACUUGGACUAGGCCAAUUGUGCAGCUGACUGAAGACGGAGCCAGCACCUCAGCAGCAGCAGCAGCAGUAGCAUCAGGGCCUGCCUCAGCCCUGGUACCCUCUUCCACCCCUCCCUCCUCCUCUUCCAAUGCUUCCAACCACCACCUCCAUGAGCCCCAAGUCCGACGACCUCGUAGCCUCAGCUCUCCCACUGUCACCCUUUCCACUCCUUUGGAGGGUGCCAACAAUAUCCAGGUGCGGAGGGCGGUGAAAGACACCCUCUCCAAUCCGCAGUCUCCUCAGCUGUCUCCGUACAGCUCCCCAAAAUCACAACACAAGACCCAGCAGAGCUUCUUGCCCCCGGGCUGGGAGAUGAGGAUAGCCCCUAAUGGACGGCCUUUUUUCAUCGACCACAACAGCAGAACCACCACCUGGGAGGACCCCAGGUUGAAAUAUCCCGUCCAUAUGAGGAAUAAGAACUCAAUGGAACCUGGUGAACUUGGUCCUCUUCCUCCCGGAUGGGAGGAAAGAGUUCACACAGACGGACGCACUUUCUACAUCGACCACAAUACAAAGACCACUCAGUGGGAGGACCCCCGUUUACAGAGUCCAGCUAUCACGGGACCUGCUGUUCCCUACUCCAGAGAGUUCAAGCAGAAAUAUGACUACUUCAGGAAAAAAUUAAAGAAACCGGCGGAUAUUCCCAACCGCUUUGAGAUGAAGCUGCACAGGAACAACAUCUUUGAGGAGUCCUACCGUCGAAUCAUGUCCCUGAAGAGGCCAGAUGUUCUAAAAGCACGAUUAUGGAUUGAGUUUGAAUCAGAGAAAGGAUUGGACUACGGUGGCGUGGCCAGAGAGUGGUUCUUCCUCCUGUCUAAGGAGAUGUUCAAUCCCUACUACGGCCUGUUCGAGUACUCUGCCACGGACAAUUACACUCUCCAAAUCAAUCCUAAUUCUGGCCUCUGCAAUGAGGAUCAUCUUUCCUAUUUCAAGUUCAUCGGACGUGUGGCAGGAAUGGCUGUGUUUCAUGGAAAACUCCUGGAUGGUUUUUUCAUACGUCCAUUUUACAAGAUGAUGCUGGGGAAACAGAUAUCGCUUAAAGACAUGGAGUCUGUGGACAGCGAAUACUAUAACUCCCUAAAGUGGAUUCUGGAAAAUGAUCCCACAGAACUUGACCUCAGGUUUUGUAUUGAUGAGGACAACUUUGGACAGACAUAUCAGGUUGACCUGAAGCCCAGCGGUUCAGACAUGGUGGUCACCAAUGAGAAUAAGAAAGAAUACAUUGACUUGGUCAUCCAGUGGAGGUUUGUCAACCGGGUCCAGAAGCAGAUGAACGCCUUCCUGGAGGGAUUCACUGAGCUCAUUCCAAUAGAUUUGAUCAAGAUCUUUGAUGAAAAUGAACUAGAGCUGCUCAUGUGCGGCUUGGGCGACGUCGACGUUAACGACUGGAGACAACACACAGUUUACAAGAACGGCUACUGUCCCAACCAUCCAGUGAUCCAGUGGUUCUGGAAGGUUGUCCUGUUGAUGGACGCUGAGAAGAGAAUCCGACUCCUCCAGUUUGUUACGGGAACGUCGCGAGUGCCGAUGAAUGGCUUUGCUGAACUUUAUGGUUCUAAUGGCCCUCAGCUGUUUACAAUUGAGCAGUGGGGAACACCAGAUAAGCUACCAAGAGCUCAUACUUGUUUUAACCGCUUGGAUCUGCCCAGCUACGAAUCCUUCGAGGACCUGAGAGAGAAGCUCCUCAUGGCGGUGGAGAACGCUCAAGGCUUCGAGGGAGUCGACUAAAGCGCCCCCUUCUGACUCUAUCCAGCAACAACCAAUAGCAAAGAAAUGAAACCAGCUGCGUGUAGCAGUUUUUGUGCGAGCAUGUUGUACUGUAUCGCCUGACCGUGAGCCGUCUCCACUGCAUGGUGGUUUAAAGACUGUACAGCAACUUGUCGAGCCAAUAUGCCUACGUGUUUCUAUCUUUACAAUGCGGAAUGGGUCACUCCUUUUCUUUUUUUAGAUGCUGGGGAGAGAAAAGGGAGCGUUGCACUGCCUCGGUUCUGAGAUGUCUUAUUUGCGAGCUUGAUCGACGGAAAAAAAAACAAAAAAAAACGCAGCAGGAUUCCCAGAGUCCAGCAUUUCUUCCCCUCUUCCCCCAUCCUAUGAAUAUCUACAGUGCCGGAAAAGAUGCAUUUCAGUAGCUCUACUAUAGCACAGUGUUUGAGCCCCUUUUGUUGGAGAGCUCUUAGCAUGGCCUUAAUCUGGCUCCCAUAUGCACUACUUCUCCUAAGAAGCUGCAAAGGCACUACAAUCUUAGAUCUUAUUCAAAUAUUUAACCCAACACCAGGUUACCUUAGGAAUGCUAGCCAGUCACAUUUCAGGAAAUCAGACACACCCCUCCGUAGAGCCUUGUCUGGGUCGUGAUCAGAUAGCGCUGCUGCAGCCUUUAUAAAAUAAACAUUUCUUUUUUUUAAAGUCACUAAUGAAGAUUGAAUAAGACUACAUGACAUAAGCCCCACUAUGAUUUCCCUUGUUUUUUUUGUUUGUUUGUUUUUUUAAAUAUAUAUACAUAAUUUAGUGGUCACGCAACAGAAUUUCUUUUACUAAUCCUUUGUAACUGACAGGAAAAUAUGGUAUGUAUUUGUACUGAUGAACAAUGUUCUUUGCUAUUUCAAAAACCGCGUAUGACAUGAUGUUUGAAGUUCAGGUCUGGUUCGUUCUGGGGGCGAGAAGAGUCCAUAUCAUUUGUUACGGUGAUGGCAAAUGUGUUUGGGAAAAACAAAACAAAACAAAAAAAAAACGUUUUUACUGUAGUGCUUUAAAAGCAGCAUGAAACUGUGCGUUGUGUUUGCUUUUGACUACGUACUAACUUUGGAAAUGCAACCGCUCUCGAGGUCAUGAAGGGAAAUGUCAAAUUGUGGCAAGUUUCUGUGAUUAACUUAAUGCUCCUCAUGUCUGUUGCUGUUCAUAAUGCUGUAAAAUUGUUCUUUUUUUUUUUUUUUAGUUCUUUUUUUUGUCCGGGGGGAGGAGUGCAUUUUAAGUUCUUCAUGAGAUAUAAAUAUGUAUGUAUUACAUUUAACAGAAGUAUUACUGAUCAACACUAAAAUGAAGCCGCGUGUGAGUGAAUGUUGGUGUGAAAAGCUGUGAUUACCGCUGAAUAUAAAGCAGCACGUUUCUUACAAAGACAAAUGUUUUUCCUAUUUUCUUUUUUUUUUAUAUUCUCUUCCUUGUCUCUGUUUUUUCUAACACAACUGAACCUAAAGGGCACUUUAUAGAUCACUCUGAGGUCAUGUCGCCUGAUUUAUGUCUUUUUUUUUUUUUUCAUUUACUUGAAUGUGGUUCUUUCCUUUCAGAGCACUUACUGGUGCAAUAUAAAUACUCUGUAAAUUUGGGCUGCUGCUACGGUAGAAACAGAAGUGAACAAGACACUUCAUUUUCUUAAGUUCAUAUCCUGUUUUGAGCUGUUGUUUGAUAUUUUCCUCUCGUACGUUUCUUACCCCGGUGAUCUCAAUUCUGACUGACUUGUUUUUUUUUUUUUUUUUUUAAAUCAGGUUUUCUUUUUUUAAUGGAUGCUGAGAAAUAUAAUUUUUGUUGAUGAUUCCACUACUUUCUGCAAUUCUGUGGUUCAUUUAACUUUAAAUAAAAAUGACACUUCUUA